AUGACCACUCCGAAUACCACCAAUUCCGCCAACCUGAACAACGCAAGCAAUCUCCAAGCCACUGCGCCACCAGGUCAAGAUUCCACCCCUGACCAAAGCUUUGGUGCCACGCCUUCAACAACGAAUUACCAAUCCACCAGCGCUGGGGACAAAACCUCCUACACUUCAUCAGAUCCCACCACGGCCCCGGGCGCCAGCUCCGCCAGCAAGAUCGCCGGAGAUCUGAAGGGAAUGGCCCAGGGUGUAGCCGGAUCUGUACAAGCCGCAGUGGGCACCACAUUCGGCCAGAAAGGCAUGGCAGACAAAGGGUUCGAGAAGAUGUCUGAGGAAGACGCACGUUUAGCCGCCAAGUCUGGAAAACCACCCGUCGGGACAGAGCAGAGGAGUAAGGUCCUUGAGCCCGGGCAAGUCGGAGGGGCCGAGACGGGGAACAGGGUGUAA